UGAGAAUAAGACAGACAUAUUUUUUAUUGAAAAAACCAACUGCGGGUGGGGAGGGGAACGACGAGAAAUCUGAUUAACUCUCACCACAUAAAGAAUCGAAGGGGAAUAGACAAUCGAAAGCACUCGCAGCUGCAAACACAGAGCGACCAUUAAUCCAACUCUCUUCUCCUUUCUUCCUUUUGCUUUGGAAGUUGCAGUAGCUUUGCUUGCGUUUCCUGACAAUAUGGCUACGAAAGCAGCCAUUGCGGGGUUAACCUUUGCUUCGCAGCCAUCUGCUUCAUUUCAGACCUCUGCCAACAGGCUUGUUGUGGUCAGAGCACCGCCCUUCAAAUCAUCCUUCUUUGGUCGUGGAGAGGGAGCAUUAAAAGUUGCUGGACCACAAAUAGCUCAUUCUAAUAGAUCAAGUUAUGGUGGAGGUGCUCUUGGUGCUCGAAUGAACCUUUUUGAUCGAUUUGCUAGGGUUAUCAAGUCGUAUGCAAAUGCAAUUAUAAGCUCCUUUGAAGACCCAGAGAAAAUAUUAGAACAGAGUGUUCUUGAGAUGAAUGAUGAUUUAACAAAGUUGCGUCAGGCUACUGCACAGGUUUUGGCAUCUCAAAAGCAGUUGGAAAACAAAUAUAAAGCUGCACAGCGAGCUUCAGAAGAUUGGUACCGAAGGGCACAACUUGCUCUUGGGAAGGGAGAGGAAGAUCUUGCUCGUGAAGCUCUUAAGCGGCGUAAAUCUUAUGCUGAUAAUGCGAGUUCUUUGAAAGCUCAGCUCGAUCAGCAGAAAACUGUUGCUGAAAAUCUUGUCUCUAAUACACGGCUUUUAGAAAGCAAGAUACAGGAGGCAAGGUCGAAGAAAGAUACCCUCAAAGCACGUGCCCAGACUGCAAAGACUGCGACUAAAGUAAGCGAGAUGUUGGGAAAUGUAAAUACAAGCAGUGCCCUUUCAGCUUUUGAAAAAAUGGAGGAAAAAGUUUUGGCCAUGGAGUCACAAGCAGAAGCGCUUAAUCAGUUAACUACAGACGAUCUUGAAGGAAAGUUUGCAUUGCUAGAGAGCUCUUCAGUUGAUGAUGAUCUUGCAAAUUUGAAGAAAGAGUUGUCUGGAAGCACCAAGAAGGGAGCGCUUCCACCUGGGAGAUCAACUGUUGCCAACACAAGUUCAGCAUUUCCGUUUCGAGACAGUGAGAUUGAGAUGGAGCUGAAUGAACUUCGGAGAAAAGCCAAGGAAUUUUAAAAUUCCUAUCCAUGUCCUCUCUGAAUCUGUGGGAAUCUGUUCAGCAUUUUCUGCUUCGUCAAAUGGUUCACUUGGUCUCAUAACUGAAGAAGAAAUGGCCUCGCAAUGGAAAUGUCGAGGGGCCAGGCUUGAUUUUGGAAAUGAAUGAAAAUUAUGUAACUGUAUAUGUUACGAACUUUAUUUAUCUGUGAACCAUCGUUGGCAAUUCUGUACAUUAUUUUCGAGUGUAUUAUACUCGAGACUAUCUAGCAUCGUCUCUGAUUUCCCGCUACCUCUGCCUGAGCACCGACAUUUUUCAACAUUUUUUUUUUUUGGGACGUCUUGAUGAUAAAUCAAUCGAUAAUAUUUUACUGUUUGUCAUCA